AUGUCUGCUGCCAGUGAAUCUAAAUACUCAACAGAAGUUCUUUCUGAAUUAUUAGGUAAAUUAAAAGUUGCCGAAAAUAAGGAUGAAGCUGCUUCAAAUGUUUCAUCAUUUUUAAAUUCAUCAAUUGUUGAACAUGAUGCACCAGUUGAAUUUUUUGAAGAUUUAAAGAAAGAAAUUAAUAAUAAAAAGGAUAAUGAAGCCGUUAUUGCUGGUUUAAAAGCUUAUUCUCAUAUUUCUUCUUCAAAUGCUUUAUCUGCUUCAGUUGAACCUUAUGUUGUUGAAUUAGUUUCUGAUGUUGCUGUUAGAGCUGGUGAUAAAAAUAAAGAAAUUCAAGAUGCUGCUACUGAUGCUUUAGUUGCUAUUGCCACUGCUGUUACUCCAACUGCUGUUAAAGUUAUUUUACCAAAAUUAAUUGAUAAUUUAACUAAUACUAAUAAAUGGACUGAAAAAAUUGCUAUUUUAAAGGCUAUUUCUCAAUUAGUUGAUACUGCUAAUGCUCAAAUUGCUUUAAGAAUGCCGGAAUUAAUUCCUGUUUUAUCUGAAACCAUGUGGGAUACUAAAAAGGAAGUUAAAGAAGCUGCCACUGCUACUAUGACUAAAUCAACUGAAACUAUUGAUAAUAAAGAUAUUGAAAAAUUUAUUCCAAAAUUAAUUGAAUGUAUUGCUAAACCAACUGAAGUUCCAGAAACUGUUCAUUUAUUAGGUGCUACUACUUUUGUUUCUGAAGUUACUAUGGCUACUUUAUCUAUUAUGGUUCCAUUAUUAUCAAGAGGUUUAGCUGAACGUGAUACUGCUAUUAAACGUAAAGCUGCUGUUAUUGUUGAUAAUAUGUGUAAAUUAGUCGAAGAUCCUCAAGUUGUUGCUCCUUUCUUGGAUAAAUUAUUACCAUCUUUAAAGGCUAACUUUGCUAACAUUGCUGAUCCAGAAGCUCGUGAUGUUACUCAAAGAGCUUUAAAUACUUUAAGAAGAGUUGGUGCUGUUGGUGAAAAUGAUGUUAUUCCAGAAGUUUCAACCGCUGGUGAUAUUCCAGUUACCUUAAGAGAACUUACUACUUUAUUAGAAGGUAAAACUAUUGCUAAAAGAUUUGAUGUUGUUCAAACUUAUAUUGCUGCCAUUGCCGGUGAUUUAGUUGAUGAAAGACAAAUUCAACCAGAAGCUUGGAUUCAAAAUGUUUUACCAUUUGCUACUAUUUUCUUACAUGAAAAGGAAGCUAAAGAAAUUAUUGAAGAAUUCAGAAAGAGAGCUAUUGAUAAUAUUCCUGAACCUCCAUCAUUUGAAGAUGAAGAAGAUGAAGGUGAAGAUUUAUGUAACUGUGAAUUCUCUUUAGCUUAUGGUGCUAAGAUCUUAUUGAAUAAGACUCAAUUCAGAUUAAAGAGAAAUAGAAGAUAUGGUUUAUGUGGUCCAAAUGGUGCUGGUAAAUCUACUUUAAUGAGAGCCAUUGCUAAUGGUCAAGUUGAAGGUUUCCCAUCUCAAGAAGAAUGUAAGACUGUUUAUGUUGAACAUGAUAUCGAUGGUACUCAUGCUGAAACUACUGUUCUUGAAUUCGUUCUUCAAGAUGGUGAAGUUGGUUUAACUUCAGAUGCUGUUGUUGCUAAAUUAACUGAAUUCAACUUUUCUGAUGACAUGAUUAAAAUGCCAAUUCAAUCCUUAUCUGGUGGUUGGAAGAUGAAAUUAGCUUUAGCUAGAGCUGUCUUAAAGAAUGCUGAUAUUUUAUUAUUAGAUGAACCAACUAACCAUUUAGAUACCGUCAAUGUUGCUUGGUUAGUUAACUACUUAAACACUUGUGGUAUUACUUCCAUUAUUGUUUCUCAUGAUUCUGGUUUCUUAGAUAACGUUUGUCAAUACAUUAUCCAUUAUGAAGGUUUCAAAUUAAGAAAAUACAAGGGUAAUUUAUCUGAAUUCGUUAAGAAAUGUCCAUCUGCUCAAUCUUAUUAUGAAUUAGGAGCUUCUGAUUUAGAAUUUAGAUUCCCAGAACCAGGUUUCUUAGAAGGUGUUAAGACUAAACAAAAGGCUAUUGUUAAGGUUUCUAACAUGUCUUUCCAAUAUCCAGGUACUGCUAAACCACAAAUUCAAGAUAUUAACUUCCAAUGUUCUUUAUCUUCUAGAAUUGCUGUCAUUGGUCCAAAUGGUGCUGGUAAAUCCACCUUAAUUAAUGUUUUAACUGGUGAAUUAUUACCAACCACUGGUGAAGUUUACGUUCAUGAAAACUGUCGUAUUGCUUACAUUAAACAACAUGCUUUUGCCCAUAUUGAUAACCAUUUAGAUAAAACUCCAUCUGAAUAUAUCCAAUGGAGAUUCCAAACUGGUGAAGAUAGAGAAACUAUGGAUAGAGCUUCAAGACAAAUCAAUGAAAAGGAUGAAGAAAACAUGAACAAGGUCUUUAAGAUUGAAGGUACUCCAAGAAGAGUUGCUGGUAUUCAUGCUAGAAGAAAGUUCAAGAACUCUUAUGAAUAUGAAUGUUCUUGGUUAUUAGGUGAAAACAUUGGUUUAAAGAAUGAAAGAUGGGUUCCAAUGAUGUCUGUUGAUAACGCUUGGUUACCAAGAGGUGAAUUAAUGGAAACUCACGCCAAGAUGGUUGCUGAAGUUGAUAUGAAGGAAGCUUUAGCUUCUGGUCAAUUCAGACCAUUAACCAGAAAGGAAAUUGAAGAACACUGUGCCAUGUUAGGUUUAGAUGCUGAAUUAGUUUCUCACUCUAGAAUUAGAGGUUUAUCUGGUGGUCAAAAGGUUAAGUUAGUCUUAGCUGCUUGUACUUGGCAAAGACCUCAUUUAAUCGUCUUAGAUGAACCAACCAAUUAUUUGGAUCGUGACUCCUUAGGUGCUUUAUCUAAAGCCUUGAAGGCUUUUGAUGGUGGUAUUGUUAUCAUUACUCACUCUGCUGAAUUCACCAAGGAUAUUACUGAAGAAGUUUGGGCUGUCUUAGAUGGUAGAAUGACUCCAUCUGGUCAUAAUUGGGUCCAAGGUCAAGGUUCUGGUCCAAGAUUAGAAAAGAAGGAUGAUGAAGAAGAAGAUAAAUUCGAUGCUAUGGGUAACAAGAUUGCCGCUGCUAAGAAGAAGGCUAAAUUAUCAUCUGCUGAAUUAAGAAAGAAGAAGAAGGAAAGAAUGAAAAAGAAGAAGGAAUUAGGUGAUGCUUAUGUUUCAUCUGAUGAAGAAUUUUAA